UAAUAUCCUCUCUUAGAGGCUUUUUGCUCUGGCCUGUAUGCUCAGCUAUGACUAUCUGUAACUCCAGGUGCCUGCUUCAGCCCCCAGUUUCCUGACACAGUUUGCAGGAUGCUGUGCUAGCACCUAACAUGCUAAAAGGGUUUGCAGAAUGGCUGCCAGCCAGUGCUCAGGGGGUUGGCCAAGGGCAGAGAAGAGAACUGGAGAGAUUAAUUCAGCAAAUACUGCUGUGCAGCACUUAAUAAAGGGUCCAGCUGAGGCUUAGGCAGCUAUGGCCAUCUUCUGUAUCUGCUCUGGUAGUUCAGGGACAUGUGAGCCAUCAGUUUGGUCUGUCAGCUGCCGUGGGCUGCUCCCUCGGGCAGAACAAGGGGCAGCCAGCCUCUGGCACUGGGCUGCCCCCUGAGCAGCCUGCCUCCUGCCAGCGGUGCCGCCUGGGCCUGGCCAGCAGUAAGCUGGCCUUGUGGGUGAGGGAGGUGUUCCUCCCUGGGCCAUCCUCAGGGGGCUGGCAGGAUGCAGGGCUCGCAGCCCUCUUGCCUCAGCAGCUGCGAUGGGGUGUGGGGGGCGCAGCAGCAAGGGGACCCCGGGGCCUGUCAGCGCCUAGCGGCCGUGUUGCCACCUCAGCUGGCAGCGUGGAAAAGUGACUUGAGCAGCUCCAUCCAUUUGGGCUUCUAACAAGGAGGAUGCUGAAGAAGGUAAAGCCUGGAAGGUAGAGGAGUGAGAAGGUCUGGGGCCACCUGGGUGGCUCCUCUGUGACCUCGCUGCGGAACCUGACAGGGGUGGGUGACAGGGCUCAGCCAUGCGGUGCUGGCUCCUGCUGCUCGCCCAGCUGCUGGCGGCUGUGCUCCCUCUGCCCCUGCGCCAGAGCUACUCAGUCCCUGAGGACUUCUCUGCCCUCCUGGAGCUCCCACAGCAGCACUUUGGCCUGGUGGAUGAUUACGGCAUUAAACCAAAGCAACCUCGCUUCAGGACCCGGGCAGCCCGGGAGCGGCCUGCAGGACUGCGCAGAGCUGGAAAAACCAAGCGUGAUGAGCUUGAUUUGUUGGAGUACUACUACGAUGCCCACCUGUGACACCCCCCCCCCCCCCCCGCUCGGCCCUAUACUCCUGCAGGACAGCAGGGCACACAGGUCUGCAACCGGGGCUCUCGGAGGAAACCUGAGGUACUCGAGCACCUCCUGCACCCCCAAAGGAAGGGGGAAUCCAGGGCCCAAACCUACCGCUGUGGGACACAAAGAGCACCACAGCACUGCUCCAUGAACCAUCAUAU